AUGGUGGAGGACCUCGAGGAAUUCCUCAUCGCCAGAGCGGUGGCCCAGGACCAUAUUGAUCUCAUGAAGAGAGACAAGAUUGACAAGGCAGUGCUUACACUGAUGACCGAUGAACAACUAGCGCGAUACAUACCAACCUACGGCGAUCGACUAGCUGUUGUCUCUUUUUGUCAUCAGCAGCGCCAUACACAUAACAGAGAGGCUGUCUUACAGAGGAUAAAAGAGAAGAUAGGGGAGAGGAAGAUGUCUAAAAAACGUUGCCACCUGACAUCAGAAUCUCAUGGAUUGUCAAGAAAACACAGCAAAAAUGGAGAAAAGGGGGUACGGAAGAUAGAAAUUGGGUGGCUUCACUAUUCAAAACCUCAGUACACCCAGGUGAGAAUGAGGCAUGGUGGUGGGACAAGACACACCACAGUUGAUAAAGAAACUACUGUUGAACAGGUGUUGGAAACAGGAAAACGGCUGUUUUUUCCAAAUGGAUUGUCGACCAAGGGGCCACAACAGAAUUUUGAUUUUGAGGUGUGUGACUUCAAAAGGAAUUCCAUUUCGUUGGAAGACACUGUGGGCAAGUUGUAUGAGUCAACAAAGUUGAAGCUUCUCCGUUUUUACAUUUGCACGAAGGACAAAUUCUCAGAUCAAUCCUCUGUGGAGGAGGAAAGUGAGUCCUCGACUGAAGAUGGAGAAGAUCUACACACAGGGAAUCUGCAUGCCAUUGCUUCAGACCCAAGAACAUCUGACUCAUCCACCAACAUUCCCAGUGAUAGGCAAGAGGAGACCAACUCCAUUAUUAUUGUUGAUGACAGCACUUCAGAGCAGUCUUCUGAUUUGGACAUAGAAGUGAAGAGCCCGAGGAGAGUCAAUGAUUACAAUGCAGCUUCUGACGCAGACACAGUAGAGUGGCGUUCAGAUUAUGAGCCUGCUACAGAUUCAGAUGAUGAGUUGACAGUCCAAAUUAGACCUUUGGAUGUCAUACAGUCAAGAGAACUACAGCCGAUCGCACCAGCAUCACCUGAAACCUUCCAGUCAUCGUCAGCUGCCAGCUCAGAACCCACAGAGGGUUUUCGUCGAGCAACAAAUCAGGUUCUGUGA